AUGUACUGGUAUUGCCUACCUGGCGAACGAAUUGAGCUUCUUCAUCAAAGUCAGACCUCACUCUCUAAUUACACUCUACAUCCCGUGCGUGGGGAUAUCGUUUCUCCGGAUAAUGGACAUCUAUUUGGACAUGGUCGUGAAAUGCAUGGCGAGGUACAAAUUACCCUAAUGCUCGGUAUCAAACCAGCUGGCAAUCCUUUACUGAACUGA